AUGCUCCACUUAUAUCGUUAUGCAAAGCAUUUGGGAAGCUUACAAAGACUUGAAAUUACCAAAGAGGACGAUGCAGACAGAGUAGUUGUUACAGAAGAUGGUGAUUCGGAAGAACACAUCAAAGAGGAUGUACACAUAAAAGACUAUGCACCUGAUAUAAAAGCUAUUUGUGAUAGACUAGAAAAAGCAGAUGGCAAGGUUCUUGUUGUUGGAGAUAUCAAGAAGGAAUUAGGUUAUCGCAAUAAAACUGGACAUAAAGCUUGGAGUAGUAUUUUACACAGGCUGAAAGAUGCUCAUCUAGUUGAGGAGUUUCAUGCUACAGUGAACCAGAAGGAAGUUAAGUGCUUACGUCUGCUAAAGACAUUUUCUCCUAAAACUUGUGUCCCCAAAAGUCAUGGAGGUGGAAACAGUGGGCAAAUUACUGAACAGCUUCUUGAACUUCCUAUUGAGCAACAAAUUUAUGAUAUGAUUGAUGCUGAAGGUUCAAAAGGGUUGAUUCUUAACAAGGUAUAUAAAAGGCUUGGCAUAAACAAUAAACGAUACUACCCUCGCAUUCUUGAUAUGGUGUCUAGAUUCCGGAUGCAUUUAAAGUCAGAAAACCUUAAUAGAGGUCUAGUCUACCGAGUUUGGACUUCUGGAAACUUCAAUACUGAAGCUUCCACUUCACUCCCUGGUAAAUCAGAUCAUCAUCUGACCAUUACAGUCGAUGCUGAAGCCAGUGAAGAACAGAAUAUCGAUCCAAUUGGUUCAACAAGUUCACACAAUCUGCAAUGUGACACAAAUGGCAUAACUGUAAAUUUAAACCCUGCAUCAAACUUGGAGAUAUCUUCAUCUGCUUCACCAGCACCCAGAGUUCGACGCUCAUAUACAACAUAUCCAUGUCUAGGUUUUAGUUCAGCUAGCUCAAAGAGGGAACAGAGGAUACUUGAAAAACUACAGGAAGAAAAGGUUCUUAUAAAACCUGAACUACAAAGGGUGCUGGAGAGUCUGGAGAAUCUUGACAAUAAGUAUACAACGAUGGACAGAAAGACAUUAGAACGCAGUUUAAAUAAGCUUCAAGAAGACGGACAUUGCAAAUGCAUUUCGUUUGCAAUCCCUUCUGCCACAAACUGUGGUCGCAAACAUACAGUUGAUGUGAUCCUCCAUCCAUCUGUAUACAAAUCUGAAGACCUAUCGGAUAUUGUUCAUGAGAAAAUUAGGUCAUUUGAAAAGCUAAUACGCACCCAAAGUUUUCCCCGACAUACAAAUGGUAAAUCAAAAUCAAUCCCGGUUUUAAAUAACGUGGAGAGAAUUCCUACAAAAAACGAUGUUCAAUUUCAAUCCGAGACGUUUAUAGCAAUGAGGGAAAACGGUUUUGUUUUGGCAAAAAUGGUUCGUGUAAAGCUGCUUCAUGUUUUUCUGUGGGGAUAUCUCACAGAUGAUAGUAGAUCAAGAGAAGACGAUGUAUAUGAAGGGAAGAACCAGUAUAGCAGUUGCAAAUUGUUUGAAUUAAAUGCAGCUAUUAAGGCCAUGCCACUUGAGUUGUUCUUGCAAGUUGCAGGGUCCCCUGUGAAACUCGAUUCCAUGAUUGAGAAAUGCCGGAAUGGAAUACGUCUUUCUGAUCUUCCGAUUCAGGAAUAUAGGUCUCUCAUGGAUACUCGAGCCACUUCACGUCUUUCGUAUCUUAUUGAUAUCUUAAGACGUCUGAAGUUGAUACGAUUGAUUGGUGGAGAAUUUAUGGAGACUUCUGUGGGCCCACAUACUACUACUACUACUACUCUUAGACAUUCGCUAGAACUUAAGCCUUACAUUGAGGAACCUGUCACAGUUGUUUUGCCAUCGCCAGGUGUCAAUUCUUUUGAUCUUCGUCCUCAUGUCAGACAUGAUUUUGUUCUUGGAAGUAGAAAAGGUGUUGAGGAAUACUGGAAUACUUUGGAGUAUUGUUAUUCUGCGUCUGAUCCAAAAGCUGCUUUGCAUGCAUUCCCUGGAUCUGCUGUUCAUGAGGUAUUCCUUUCGCGUUCAUGGGCAGCAGUCCGAGUUAUGACAGCUCAUCAGCGGGCUGAGCUGUUAAAACUUGUGGCAAAUGACGACUCAAAUCAAAAGAUAUCAUACAAAAAGUGUGAGAAGAUUGCAGAGGAUCUUAAUUUGACCUUGGAACAGGUGCUUCGUGUAUUCUAUGAUAAGAGACAAAAGCAUAAACUAAAGGGAGCAACAAGCACCAAAGAUCCACCAACAAAUGCUUUAAUUACUUACAAAAGAAAAAGAUCAUCGAAAGGAAAAGGAAAGACAACUUUAAUGGAAAAUCUACUUGAAGAGUCUAGCAAAGUGAAGCAUCCCAAAUUGUUCCAUGAAGAUAAUGAAAUUUCAGCGUGUAGAAUGGAUGACAUGGAUGCUGCUGCUGAUGACGUGGCACUAACUGAAGAUGAAGACGGUGGUCAGUCGUACUCUGUGUCAAAGCUACAACAGCCUACACGCAUCAAAAGAUUUCCAUGGACAGAAGCAACAGACAGGUUGUUGGUGAUUGAGUACGUAAGACAUCGUGCUGCACUCGGAGCAAAAUUCCAUCGUGUAGAAUGGAGCUCACUUGAAAAUCUCCCAGCACCUCCUAAAACAUGCAGAAGAAGAAUGUCAACUCUGAACAGAAACAAUCAGAUCAGAAAAGCUGUAAUGAGACUCUGUAACAUGCUUAGCGUCAGAUACGCAAAGCAUCUAGAAUAUUCCAAGAACAAAACACUCAUUCAUAAUCGAAAACCUCCGGAUGUUGUUAUUCAUCCUUCAAAUGAGUUGGAUGUUGAUGAACAAUGGGAUGAUUUUGACAAGAAAGACAUAAAAAUAGCCCUAGACGAGGUCCUUCAGUACAAGCAAGUUUCCAAAUCUGCAGCAACUAAAGGUGGAUCCAACUGUCCUCGAUUCAAUGAAUUUGAUCAAACCACCUCCAUACCUAGAGAUGAGUUUUUGGAUAGUGGAAGGAGGGAAGCUUCUGGAAGAAGAUCAAGAAGACGUUAUCUGCCUAAAAGCUAUGACAAUCUUUUGAAUAGAGGAAAAGGUUUUAGUACACAAACCUACAAAUCAUUAGCAGUUUCUAAUGCAAUCGAGCUUUUCAAGCUUAUAUUUUUAAGCACUGCAAAAGCAAAAGCAAAAGCAAAAGCUCCAGCUGUCCCAAACUUGUUAGCUGAAACAUUGAGGCGAUAUUCAGAACAUGAUCUUUUUACAGCAUUUAAUUACCUCAGAGACAGAAAAUUCUUGGUCAGGGGUAAUGAUGCGAGUCAUUUUGUACUCUCGCAGCAGUUUUUACAUGGUAUUUCAUCUUCUCCGUUUCCUGUUAAUACUGGAAAAAGAGCUGUGAAGAUGGCGAGGUGGAUUCAUGAAAGAGAAGAUGAUUUGUUAGAAUAUGGAGUAAAUCUACCUGUUGACCUUCAGUGUGGUGAUGUUGUUCAUUUAUGUGUGCUGAUGUGUUCAGGGGAAGUGUCGUUGUUCCCCUGUUUGCCUGAUGAAGGUGUUGGGGAGAUUGAGGAGUUAAAGAAACGUAAACGUGAAUGUGAUAGUGAUGAUAAACAAGAACAAGUGUGUGUUGAAAAAGCUAAAAAGCCGAAAAUAUUAGACAAAGUUGAUGCAAUUACAUUCUCUAGAGAUAGAGACACUUGUUCUUCUGUUUCCAAUUCAUCAGCUUCUUCUGUACACGUGGCAUCUUCUGAGUCAACAUGGGAAGCUAUGAGUAGCUAUGCAAGACACGUGGCAUCUUCUGGGUCUUUCAAUCCGAAUAUGUUUCAAACUGUGUAUUCAGCCAUCCAAAAGGCUGGCGACCAAGGGUUAAGCAUGGAAGGUAUCUCCCAACAAGAAGGGGGAAAGAUGGGAGAAAUUAUUGUUGAGGUGCUUGAGGCAUUUGGGCGGGUUUUAAAGGUGAAUGCUUAUGAUUCUGUCCAUGUUGUUGAUUCUCUGUAUCGAUCAAAAUACCUAUUGGCCACCUCAAUGGCAUCCCAUCAACAUCAACACCAACACCAACACCAACACCAACACGAACAUGAUCUUCCUCAUCUGAAGGAGCCCCAAACCUCCUCCAUUAACGAUGAGUUGCAGCAAGAAAAUCAUACAAGUACUCAUCCUGAUGAUGAGGUGCAUAGAGUCACCAUUUUAAACCACCCAGAACCAGAAGAAAACGAAACAAACAAGAAUGUGAAAGCAACUUGUUCAGGAACAGGGGCAGAAGAGGGAUUUUGUAUUGCUGAUGGUGAUGGUUAUAAGCCAAUUGUGCCUUGGUAA